AGUUUGUAUUUCAUCAAGCGAAAGAGUUUUGUUCUAAUGGCGUUCUUCACUCAAAUCUUCUCAAGGUCUGGAAAUGCUUUUUUGAAGCCUACUGAUCUUUCCACCACCAAUAAGAUGGGCGGUUUAGAGUCAACCCUAACUCUUACUAAUGAACGUUUGGAUGUUGAGCCCCAAGUAAUCUUUAAUAUUCCUUACCUCACCAAAAAUCUAAUUCUUAAAGCUAUGGUAGAAGUUCCGCGGACUCCUGCACCCCCAAGAGACUAUUCCUACCCACUCUUUCAAAAUCAUUCCUCGGAGAAGCUCAACUGUGUCUUUAUGUCUCACGGCGGCCCCAGAGUCAUACCUCGUCCAUUUGACCCAAUUGUUCUCAAGCACCUCCCCAUGACCAAAUGUCUCACUCAUGGCACAUUUGGCUUCUUCCCAUAUGAAUACAUUCGACUUCUUCCAGAGUACUCUUGCAUUACAUAUCACUAUCCAAACUUUAAGGUGGUUCAUGCUUUCAAUCAAUGCAUUAUGGAAUUCCCAUAAUGCACAUGUAAUGUUCAUUUAUA